GUCCGAGGGGGGCGGAUGGCUCAGAAUAGACAGAGUGCUUGUCCUUGAGACAUGACUGCCCGAGGGUUUCCCAUCUAUAUUCCCGGGACAGUCAAGUACUUCAGCGCGUCUGUCGGACAAGAUGUUUGCUGUUUUUGUCAGAGCCGCGCUGCGGCCUGGCAUGGUGCGGCCAUGUCGCCUGGUCAGGCCAGUGACCCAGAUCCCAGAGAGGUCCCUGGCGCACCAGGAAGGGUUACCAAAGCUACCAGUGCCGCCCUUGAAGCAGACAUGUGAGCGAUACCUUGCUGCUCUGGAGCCCAUCGUCAGUGAGGAGGAGCUGGAACACACCCGGCAGCUUGUGGAAGAGUUCCUCAAGGGCGGGGUGGGGGACAGGCUACAGAAAGGCCUGGAGCGACGGGCACGCAAGACAGACAACUGGCUCUCAGAAUGGUGGAUGCAGUCAGCCUAUCUAGACUGCCGUAUGCCCGUGGCGGUGUACACGAGCCCUGGGGUCGUCCUUCCACGCAUGCACUUUCAAGAUCGUCAAGGACAGAUGAGGUUUGCUGCCAAACUCAUAGCAGGGGUUUUGGACUUUAAAAAAAUGAUUGACAGUGAAACCCUGCCUGUAGAGUACCUGAGCAAGAAGCCGCUGUGUAUGGACCAGUAUUAUCAGAUCCUGUCCUCCUGUCGAAUCCCUGGUCCAAAAAGAGACACUGUCAUGAAUCAUGCUAUCGGGAAAACACCUCCCACUCAUAUCACUGUGGUCCACAACUUCCAGUUCUUUGUAUUAGAUGUUUACAACAGCGAUGGCACCCCGCUGACUGUCGACCAGCUUUACAUGCAAUUAGAGAAGAUCUGGAACUCCUCUUUGCAGACUAAUAAGGAGCCUGUUGGCAUUCUUACGUCACAGCACCGCAACACCUGGGGAAAAGCUUAUAACAACCUGAUUAAAGAUAGAACAAACAAGGAGUCAGUCCGUGCCAUCCAGAAAAGCAUCUUCACAGUGUGUCUGGAUGCUCCAAUGCCACGUGUGUCAGAUGAGAUGUAUCAGAGCCGUGUGGCUGCUCAGAUGCUGCAUGGAGGAGGAGCACGCUGGAACAGCGGCAACCGCUGGUUUGACAAGACAUUACAGUUCAUCGUCGGUGAAGACGGCACAUGUGGACUGGUUUAUGAACAUGCACCUGCAGAGGGUCCACCCAUCGUGUUUCUCAUCGAUCAUGUUGUUAACUACAUGCGUAAAACAGAAAUGAUUCGCUCUCCCAUGGUUCCCCUGGCCAUGCCACAGAAAUUACGAUUCAACAUCACACCAGAGAUUAAAAGGGACAUUGAGAAAGCUAAGCAGAAUAUGAACAUAAUGGUGCAUGACUUGGAUGUGAAGGUGUUAAUGUUUACUCAUUUUGGGAAAAAUGUGCCAAAGCAACACAAGCUAAGCCCAGAUGCCUUUGUGCAGAUGGCUUUGCAACUCGCCUACUUCAGGAUGUAUAAUAUUUGCUGCUCAACAUAUGAAAGCGCAUCAUUACGAAUGUUCAAAUAUGGACGAACAGAUGGAAUCCGUGCAACUACUGUAGACUCUUUUAAAUUUGUCCAGGCAAUGCAAGACACAGCUAAAACGAACACAGACCGGCUGGAGCUGCUGCAGAAGGCUGUUCAGACACAUAAGGAGAACGCGUACAAUGCAGUUCAUGGACAGGCCAUAGACAGACACCUUCUGGGGCUGAAGAUGCUGAGUAUAGAAGACCUGACCUCCAUGCCUGAGAUAUUCAUGGACACAUCUUUUGCUGUAGCUCAUCAUUACAAUCUCUCCACCAGCCAGGUUGGCUCCAGGACAGACUGUGUGAUGUGCUUUGGUCCAAUGGUGCCAGAUGGCUACGGUGUGUGUUACAAUCCCAUGGAUGAGCACAUCAACAUCGCCAUCACGGCCUUUAACAGCUGCGAGGAGACGCACGCUGCCAAGUUUGCCCAAGCUGUGGAGGACGCUCUGUUGGACAUGAGAGCUCUGGUGGAAGACACAGCCUCAGCCAAGCUGUGAUUCCGCACAGGAGCCUGGCGUGGCGAUUGUGUCCCAGCGGGCUGUGCGGGAGCUGAAACUGAACCAGUGCCGGAGUCGCUGGCAAAAUGCCACGCUGACGUUGUUGCACAAUGUACUGAGUGUGCUGUAGCUCAUGGGAAACUGGCUAUCGAAGAGAGUACAGUGAUUGACUAUUAGUGCACUGCCUUUGUGAGGAGAUGGAUAUGCUUUAUUUUAUUAUAUUGUGUUAUAUAUAAACUUGAAAUGAAGAUAAGUGAA